CAUCUUUUCUUUAGCAAGUAAAUGCACGAAAACUUCAGCUUUGUCAGGAUAAAAAUGUUCAGCAGAACCAGGUUUGUGCAGAACAGCCAUCUGCCUCAACUGGUUGGGCUGAGAGAAGCCUGGAGAGAGAAAAGAUGAGCAGAGAGAUAAUAAUAAAACCACCAGGUGAAUGAGACUAGUAACUGCAGAUAAAACAAGUGCAGCUCUGGAACCAGAAAUAUAUCCAGAGUAGAGGGUGAGAAAAGACAGAAAAGAAAACCAAACUAAUGUGUGAAAAGUCCAAAAAGCCUCCAGCAUUCUUUGGCUGAUUCCAAUGCAUGCAGAGAACAGGGAGGAUUCUAGAACUCUCUGCUGUUUCUGAUCUCACUGAGAAAUGAGUCUCAGGGUGUGUUUUAUCUUCACAUAUCUCAACAAGGUUGCAUCAGAUCCACUUCAAACUCAGCAGCUAUGUCGCUGACGACCACAGGAAGUGCAGUGCAGUGUUUUGGGGGUUGUUUUGGGGCCAUUAGCAUCAACAUUAGCAUAAUUCCACCCUGUUGUUGGGCAACAUCACCAUGUAUUGCAUCAUCAUUUCAUCACAUCAUACACCAAAACUCUUUUUGUUGUAUGAGCAGUGGUGUAUGAUGUCACAGUGACAUAAUUUAUGUCACAGUAGAAUCCAAAGGUAUAUAAACUGGGCUGAUGAGUGAGGACUCACUCAUUCCCAGACCUUCGCCAAGUGAUUUACUUUGGAAUUACUGAGCAACCAAACACAGAAAACCAAGGACACCUACGCAGGAUUAAUUUUCUGGACUUCAAUCUCUGAAAUUUAAUUUCUACACACACCUCUUUGUUUAUCGGUGCAAUGGCACAAAAAAAUAGGAACACCUCUCGCCGUGGAGGAAAUGGAAAACGUGGCAUCUCAGAACAAGAAAUUUGCUCAUUUGGUCAUCAGGAGCAGAUAUUGACCCUGAAGGGCCAUAAUGAAGAAAUGGAGCUGAGAAUUAAAGAGCUUAUGGAUAGUAAGAAGCAGCUCACCAGAGAGGUCUACAAGCUGAAAGACCUUCUGAAGAUCCAGGGAAAGGCCAUGGAAAAUCCGCUGGAGGCCAAUGACCAGAAAAUGGACGAGGCCUCAGCAGAGGACCAGGACCUUCCACCAAAGGUACAACAAGCUGCAAACAUCCAGGAGGUUGAAGUGGACAAAAGGGCAGAUGAGAAGAAAAGCCUGGAGGAAACGAACAAGGACGAAAAAGUUCUCUGGAAGAAAGAAAAAAUGGAAUUGGAGGCAAAAGUGGCAGAUCUCCAAAAGCAAAUCCAUGCCCUGGAGAUGAAAAAGGAAAUGGAACAGAAUGACUUUCUUGGCAUGCAGCAAGACGACGAAGCCUUCAAAGAAGAAAAAAAAGAAUUUCAGAAGGACAUUAAGAAGCUGCAGGAGGCUAAGAAGAAACUCCAGGAAAAAUAUAAAAAAUUAGAGAAAGAACUGGAGGUACAGAAGAGGAAGCUUGAGAACAAAGAAAGUAUUUUGGCUGAAAAAAAACAAAUCGAAGAGGAAAUGAUGUCUCUGAUUUCUGAGAAUCAAAAACUCAAAUCCAGUACAAAAGCUCUGCAAAAGCAGGCCAAAGAACUGGGGGAUGAGAAUGAGAGGCUGAUGAUCGUCUUCAACGACAAAAAGCAAGAGCUUGUAGAUACAAAGGUGAAAGAGGCCUUUCUGAAACUCAAGCAAAAACUGAAGGAUGACAAAAAGGCUUUCCAGGAAGAGAGUCACAAGCUUCGACUGGAGAAGCUUGAGCUGGAGGCAAAAAAUGCAGAUCUCCUGAAGCAAACCGAACAUCUGAAGGCCAAACGUAAAGAACAGAUGGAGAAGAAGGAUCUGCAGAACAAAACCACGAAGCCAGAAGAUCUGGAGGCCAAAAUACAAAACCUCCAGAACGAAAAACAGCACCUGGAGGCCGAAAACAAAGACCUUCUCAGAGAAAAAGCAAAUCUGGAAACCAAAAAUAGAGACCUCGAGAUCAAAAAUGAACACCUGGAGGCUGAAAACAAAGACCUUCACCUGGAAAAAAUAAAUCUGGAAACCAAAUCACAAGACCUCCAGAACAAAAAACAGCACCUGGAGGCCGAAAACAAAGACCUUCUCAAAGAAAAAGCAAAUCUGGAAACCAAAACUAGAGACCUCGAGAUCAAAAAUGAACACCUGGAGCGCGAAAACAAAGACCUUCACCUGGAAAAAAUAAAUCUGGAAACCAAAACACAAGACCUCCAGAACGAAAAACAGCACCUGGAGGCUGAAAACAAAGACCUUCUCAGAGAAAAAGCAAAUCUGGAAACCAAAACUAGAGACCUCCAGAAAGAGAACGAUCAUCUGAACCUGGAUAAGAAGGCACUUGAGGAGGAAUGUCAAGCCCUUCACAAAAAGAGCGAAGAGAUGAUGGAAGGCAGCACGGUGGCUCAGUGUUCAGCGCUGUAG